CUAGGAGCGCUGGUGUGCGAGCAUAUAAACUGCCGCUGUAAGACACCGCUGGUGCUGUCUACAAGCCCAUGCCAGACGACAGGUCGGACAGCAUCCAUUGGCCAAGAUGAGGUGGGCAGGCAUUGUUUUCACGCUCGUGUUGUCUGGGACGGCCGAAGCUGCAGGUCGAAGUAUAGCACACGCGGGAAAGCGCCAUGUCGAACAUGCGGCAAAGAGGGCGACGCCCGCUGUUGUGACAACGAAUCAUCCUCCACUCCUCGAUCGCGAAGCUGCGCCUCACAAGUUCCUGAACGCAAACACUACAAAAUUCGCUGUCAAUGGAACCAGCAUACCGGACGUUGACUUCGACGUGGGCGAGUCUUAUGCCGGCCUUCUGCCCAUCAGUAGCGACCCGGACGAUGAGAAUAACCUCUUCUUCUGGUUCUUCCCUUCCACGAAUCCGGCAGCGGACAAGGAGAUCCUGAUCUGGCUGAAUGGUGGCCCUGGAUGCUCGUCCUUUGAGGGUCUGCUUCAAGAGAACGGACCCUUCCUGUGGCAGUAUGGCACCUACAAGCCGGUCAAGAACCCCUGGAGCUGGCACACCCUGACCAACAUCGUCUAUGUCGAGCAACCCAUCGGCACCGGCUUCACGACGGGGACGGUGACCAUCACCAACGAGAAAGAACUUGCCGCCCAGUUUAUGGGCUUCUGGAAGAACUUCAUCGACACCUUUGGCAUGCACGGCUACAAGGUCUACAUUGCCGGAGAGUCCUACGCGGGCUAUUACUGCCCGUACAUCGCCAGCGCCUUCCUCGAUGCUGAGGAUCAGACGUACUACGGUCUGUCCGGCAUGACCAUCUACAACCCGUCCCUCACGUGGGACGAGAUCCAGGAGCCGAUCCCGGUCGUGCAGUUCACCGAGUACUGGUCCGGCUUGUUUCCCUUCAACGACACGUUCCGCGCCGACAUCAAGCGCCGCGAGAAGGAGUGUGGCUACGCCGACUUCCUGGCCGAGUACCUCGUGUACCCGCCCAAGGGCCCGAUCCCGAUGCCGCUGCCGGGAACCGACAAGAAGACGGGCAAGACGCGCGACGAGUGCUGGAACAUCUACUGGGACAUCUUCGACGCCAUCUCGCUGCUCAACCCGUGCUUCGACGUCUACCAAGUGGCCACGACCUGCCCGCUGCUGUGGGACGUCCUCGGCUUCCCGGGCUCCUUCUCCUAUCUGCCCGAGGGCGCCGAGGUGUACUUCGACCGCGCCGACGUGAAGGCGGCGAUCCACGCGCCGCCGAACACCACCUGGGAAGAGUGUUCCUCCGACGGCGUGUUCGCCAACGGCACCGACAACUCCCUCCCGUCGACCGUCUCGGUCCUGCCGGGCGUGAUCGACCGCACCAAGAACGUCAUCAUCGGCCACAGCGCGCUGGACAUGAUCCUGCUGGCCAACGGCACGCUGCUGGCGAUCCAGAACAUGACGUGGGGCGGAAAGACGGGCUUCCAGGCCCGGCCCGACCAGCCGUUCUACGUGCCGUACAAUAACAUCUCGACGCUUGCCACGCUGGCCGCCGGCGGCGUGUUUGGCAGUCUGGUGUCGGAGCGCGGCCUGACCUACGUCGGCGUGGACCUGGCCGGCCACAUGGUGCCGCAGUAUGCGCCGAGCGCGGCGUACAGGCAUGUCGAGUACAUGCUGGGCAGGGUGGACUGCAUGAACUGCACGACGCCCUUUACCACGGACCCGGGCACGCCGCAGAGUACGCAGCCGCUGGGGAAGGGGACCGCGCCGCAGGGAUGGAGUACGAAACGGAAGGGGGGACGGCCAUGGAGGCGUAGGAAGUAGGUAGAGGUUAAAAGCGCUGGAUCCCUGCACCAGGUAGAUAGAGGAAUGGUCUGCACAUCGCCCUUCUUUACCAAGGCAGUUAGUAAAUAAAGGAUAUGAACUUUGAAUUGAUGGCCAGUAAUGACUGCGUCCACUUGUCCAUCCCGUUCUGUGUGCCCUUCCUCGUCGAAACCAUCCGUCGAGGCUGAAGACCCCAAUAACAUCUAUAAUGUCACUAUCAUACAAAGAGUGGAACCGGGCAUAAUGCCUUCCUCUCCAUAACACCCCAAGUUUUCCUUCCCGUGGCCGGUGUUCAUGAGCGUAAUUCCCUCGUUAAA